AUGCUUAGCGAACAAGCGACUAAAUAUCCAUCAAAUGAAAAGUUUGACGCUCUUUCUAGUGGCAAAUCAAGCAAUUCAGACAUAGUUCAAAAUGAUUCAAGUGAAGUGCAGCCUAAAAAGAAGAAGAAGGGGCUCUUGAGCCACCUUAAGAUAAAAAAUAUCUUUGAAAAGAUCGAAGAUAGACCAACUCCAAAAGAAGUUUACAACUACCGUGUUUACUUGACUGCUAUUAUGGCUUCUGCUGCUGCCAUUAUUAUUGGAUACGACUCUGGUUUCAUCGGAGGGGCAGUUGCUUUACCAGCAUUUCAGAAAGAGUUUGGUUUAGAUGUUGCUCCUAAUCUGGCUUAUAUCAUAUCUAACGUUAUUUCUGUUUUCCAUGUUGGUUGUUUUUUUGGUGCGCUUUUCUCAUAUCCAGCUUCAUAUUACCUUGGAAGAAGGAUCCCUUUAAUUGCUGCUUCUUUAUUAAUCACUUUGGGUUCAGGUGUCAUGCUUGCUGCAGACAGCAGCAGAGGGCUUGGUCCUAUUUAUGCAGGAAGAGUUCUAGCUGGGUUAUCGGUCGGAUGUUCUACCAAUUUGACUGUUGUUUAUAUUUCUGAAAUCUCGCCGCCAGCUAUUAGAGGUCAGCUAACUGCAAGUUAUGAAAUUGGAUGGAGAGUUGGUGAUUUAGUUGGAUUUUGGAUCAAUUACGGUGUUGAUUCGACCCUUCCUCCCGGUAAAAACCAAUGGUUUAUACCAUUUGCUAUUCAGUUAAUUCCAAGUGGAUUAUUUUUGAUUGGUAGUUUAUUUAUGAAAGAAAGUCCGAGAUGGUUAAUGCAAGUUGGAAGGGAUCAAGAAGCAAUCAAGAAUCUUUGUUGGUUUAGACAAUUACCUGAGUCAGAUGAAUAUAUUAUAUACGAGGUCAAUCAGUGUAAAGAAAGUAUUGAUAAACAGAGACAAGAGGUUGGAUUAGGGUUAAUGGAUCCAUUUUACGAAGUAUUUUUCCACAAAUUGAAUUUGUUGUACAGGUUAUUCAUUACAGUGAUGUUGUUUAUAUUCUGUAACUUUAUGGGUAUCCAAGCUAUUAACUACUAUUCACCAAAGUUGUUCAAAGGUUUAGGAAUUCAAGGUACAAAUGCAUCGUUAUUCUCGACAGGUAUGUUUGGUGUUGUCAAAUUCGUUUGUACGUUUAUCUACAUUUUAUUUGUUGUUGAUUCGUUUGGAAGAAGGAAAGCGUUUAUGUUUUCAUCUAGUCUUUGUUCAAUUUGUUUCUGGUAUAUCGGAGCUUAUUUGAAGAUUAAUGAUCCUACAAAACCAGGGGUCCUGGCUGGUCCAGGGGGUAAAGCAGCUAUUGGAAUGAUGUAUAUUUGGAUCGCUUCAUUUAUUACUGCAUGGUCAGGUGGUCCUUUCGUUGUGGGAAGUGAGGUGUUUGAUCAAAACAUUAGAUCUUUUGUUCAAGCUAUCAAUGCUGCCAUGUCAUGGGUAGCCAUUUUUGUCAUGUCGCGAUGGACUCAAAAUAUGAUCCAAACAAUGCAAUACGGUAUAUAUUUCUUCUUUGCCUCACUAGCCGUCAUUUCAGUGCCAUUUGUUUACUUUUUGUUACCUGAAACAAAGGGUAUUGCCUUGGAAGAUAUGGACAAAUUGUUCAACUCAAAGAUCCCAGCUAGAAAAGCACACAAGAUUGUAUUGAGCAAUGUCAGACACGAGACUGAAGAGAUAUUCCACGAGAAUCAUGAACGAGGAUUAUUCAAAAUGGAUACCAACAAACCAGAGGUUGAAAAUGUAGAGGAUAUUUUUGAAAAUAAUAGACGUGAUGUAUAG